CCUGGCAUCCUGAGUCAGAAGGGAUGAGGCCCGUCCACCUCCAGGGCCGCUGCUCCCAGAGCCCCGCGUAGGGGGUGGGGGCUCUAGGGAGGAGGGAGACAGCGGGCUGGAUGGGCCCCGCGACCGCGGAGGCGGGACUCGGGCAGUUCCGGGCAGUGGGGAGGCUGUCCUGCAGGCCUGCCUGCCUCUGCCCAGGCGGGGCGCUGGCCCAGGUGAGGCCCCUGGCGCCUGGCCCGGGUCCCCAGGCUCUGCGCCUGGAGGAGGAGUCCCAGUAUCAGGCAGACGCCAGGGUUUCUCUGGCAACAUCAGGGCGGCUUCCCUCCCAGCCUGGCGCCCGGCCUCCCGCAGGCCCAGAGGCCUGGGUGCCCUGGCCCCCGCGCUCCGCUUGCCGCCCGCUUCUGGGCCACGGCCCUCCCAGCCUUCCAGCGGGUUGUGUCUGCCUCUCUCCCCCAAGGGAAGGCAGGCUCUGUCCACUGGCAGCCGAAGAUGAUGCCAUGGAGGCCGUGAGGUGGCCCGAGCCCCCCCGGCAGGCAGGCGCCCUGAGGGGAUCUCCCCCCACAGCCUGGUCUGACUACACUGAGGAGCCCGGCCGCCGGAGGCAGGCCUGCAGCGUCCCCAUGUGGUUGGCCGACGAGGAGGCCAAGGAUGGGGACAGCUCCGUGUCAUCGGGCCGCCUCUCCGGCUCGUCGGGGGGCCACGAGUCGUGCACCCCACCCCACAGGACUUGGACCGAGAGGGCCCCCCAGGUGCCGAGGCCCCCGCGGCAGCCGAGAGAGAGCAACCCCCGACUGGAGCAGCUGCGGGACAAGAUCCGGGCCCAGGCCCAGCGGCAGGCGAGCUGUGCCUCGCUGGGCACCUCGACACCCUCCAGCGCCUCACACCUCUACAAAGCCCCCACGCCAGCGCCCCAGAGGAAGGCCCGAAAGCCGCCAAACCCCCCUCCAGCCCCGGCCUACCCAGGCAUCCUGAGUGGGACUGAAAGUGGAGUCGAAGAGAAGGCGACCCCCGGCCAGGGGCGUGAGACCUCCCGGGUCUCCCAGCACCAGGCCUCAGUUACACAGGAAAAAACCAAAAGGAUGAAAAGUAGUUCUUGCAAAACAGAGAAGGCCCCCAAGCUGCCUGCCCCUAGGAGAGCUGCCAAAGACACAGAUCACAGCAAGAAGGUUGGAGCCCCCAAGAGCUCCCCUGUCCACCCCGGGAUGCCAAGUCCAGCCUCCGUCCGCAGUGACCCGCAGAUGCCCGCAGUCAACGUGCCCACCCUGGCUUCCCGUGAUCCACCCGUGAACGUCCAGGCUGCUAUGGCGGUCCUUCGAGACCUCCGCCAGCAAAUCCAGGCUGGGCUGGAGCUGGCCCGGUCCCGCCACCUGAGCCGAGGGCUGGAGCUGCACAGCCUGGCAGGGAGGAGGCGGUCAAGCCCCUGGAAACCCCCAGACGUCCAGGGCUCCUUCUGGAAGAGCCCUGAGGCCCCGAUGGACGGGCUGCCCACUUCCAAGAGGGCUGGGAGCCUCCCUGCCGCACGGCGCUGGAGCCCUGUGGCCGAGUGGGAGUCCUAUCCACACAGGACCUGGGCAGCCCCAGGACGGGACACCUCCUUCCAGAGAUGCAUGAACCCCACCGAAGGGCUGAACUCCUUCCCCCAGCGGCCCUGGAGUGCCUCGGCCAGGCAGGCCUCCUGCCCACCGAAGACCUGGGCAUUCCAUGGACGAGACCCCGCCUUCCAGAGGCCUGGGAGCCCCCCCGAAAGGUGGGUCCCCAUCCUGCAGCGGUCCUGGAGCGCCUCAGCCGGGCAGGCCUGGGGUCCGCAGAGGGCCCGGACCGCUUCUGAAGACCUGGCGGCCUCCACCCCGAGGCCAUGGAGCCCCCUGGAAAGGCCGAGCCAACCCACCUGGCGGCCUUGGAGCGCCUCCUUCACGCAGGGGCCCAGCCCCCUGUAUCAGGGCAGGGGUCCCCUGCGGACCCCCUUGGGGGCCAAGCUCGCCUGGCCGAGGCCCAGCCAGGGUGCCCUUCGGAAUGCGCCUGAGAAGGAGAAUGAGGUGCGGACACCUCGGCCCUGCCCGAAGCCCCGGGGGGCCCUGGGCCCCCUCCACAGCUCUGAGUCCCUGCGUGAGUUCAUGCGCCAGAAGACUGUGGCCUGGCGGCGGCAGGCCCUAGAAGAGAAGGCCUCGGCCAUGCGCUCGCUGGAGCUUAGAAACCAGAGGCUGCAGGACGCCCACAGGAAGCAGAGGGAGGCUGUGCUGGGCAGAGCCGUCCCUGUGGUCUCCCAGACGACCCCCGGCAUCGUGACCUUCGUCCCGCACGCGGCACAGUCCAGGGAUCUGGAAGCUGCCGCCGGGCCGGGGGUGCCAGUGCUGCAGUGGAGCAAGGUGACUUCCGGCAUGGUGCUGGGGGACCAGGAGGCCCCGGGCAGCUUCUGCCUGUGUUUGAACAGAGCCUUGAACCCCACCAAGACUCUGGAGGUGGGAGGCCCCCAAGGUGGCUGGGAGGGCGCGGCCCUGCUGAUGCCAGCCAGCUCCUCCCUGGGGCCCCUGAAGUUCCAGGACCUGAGCACACACUGCCGGAGCCCGGGGCUCUGCAUCUACCUGGACCCUGAGGAGUCGGAGCGCCUGGGCAUGCCGGGCCCCCUGCACUUCCGGUACAAGCAGGCCCGGCUGCAGGCCCUGGAGACCAUGGCCAACAUCCUGAAGCAGCGCAUCGACGUCCUGACGGACAAGCUGCGCCGCUCCGAGGUGAUGGACGCGCUGGUGGGGCCUGGCCCGGGGCUGCUGCCCUCCGACGCCAGCACGCCGGCCCGCCCCGGAGCCCUCGUGUCCAACGUGGGCCCAGGGGCACCCUGGGACUGGGCAGGGCUGCGGGCCAGGCCGCUUCUCUCCACCACUGGCUUCCGGGACAUGGAGACGGUGCGCUGGAGCCCUGGCUGGGAGCGGCCACAGAGCGCGAGCCCCAGGGCCCGCCACGCCAGCGAGCCCAUAGGUUUCACGGACAAUGGACGCUCCGAGCUGGACGGGAGGCUGGCAAGAAACGUGGCUUCUUUCCAGGCCCUCAGUCCCUUCGCAGGGAGCUCACUCGGGGUGCCGGCCACGCCGGACCCCCACAGCGGCUCCCCGCGGCUAGAAGAGACGUGCUCGGCCAGAGGGGCAGGCUUGGUCGCGCCCUGGACCCUCCAGAGCUGUGGUCCGCUGUCCGACGUCCGGCAGAAGUCGCUGCGCUUCCUGGAGUCCCUGAAGCCGGACCGGCGGGAGCAGGGACAGGCGCUGGCCCUCCUUCGGCGGCAGGCGGAGCUGGAGGUCUGGGAGACGCAGAAGGCCCUGGGGGAGCUGCUGUCCAGACCCAGGCUGGAGCGGCUGCGGGAGGAGCACUCGACCCAGGCCAGGCCAGGGGCGGCCUUGGAGCUGGAGCGGCCGCAGGUGCAUGUGAUUCCGGAGCCGAGGACCUCUCAGAGCGCCGCAGCAGCCAGGCCCAGCUCAUACCCACUCCCGGGCCGAGACACGGCUGCACCCUCCCCGAGUCCCCAGGAUGGAAAGAAGAGUUGGGCGGACACGUCAGCUCACGCGGAGCCCGUGCAGGAAGGGAGACCAGACCAGCGCCCCUCCCAGCUGCCCCCAGCCAGGCUCUACCCCUGGGAGGAACCCAGGUUCCAGGGGAGCCGGACGAGGCCCCGGAGCGCGGCGCCGGUACCCUUCAGCCGCUUCACGAUCCAGAUGCUGGAGCAGAGCUUGCGGGAAGAGGACCUGCGCGCGCGCCACCAGGCCGCGCUGCUGCGCCUGCGCGAGAAAGCGCUGGAGGAGAAGACGCGCGCCGAGCUGGCCUGGCUGGAGCAUCAGCGAGGGUAUCUGAACAGCAUCGGCAGCUACACAGCGCUGGUGGCCUUGGCGGAGAAGCAGCAGCAGGCCCUCAGCCACCUUGAGCGGGAGCUGAGGGGCAUCCGGCACCUGCGGACCCUUCACCUGUCCUCCCACCGAGAGAGGAAGCUGCUCCUGCAGCAGCAGAAGGACAUCGUCUCCGUGCAGAGGUCCGCGGCCCUCCUGCAGCAAGAGCUUCAGGACCGGACCCGGCUGCCUCAGAGUUCCAGCCCUGAAGUCAAGGCCAGGCGGGAGGAGGGCCCCGGGACAAGCCCCCAGCAGCCGGAGGGGCCGGCCCAGGGCUCCUCACACGCCCGGCACACGCCUGGCAGCCCCUUCAGCCAGCACCCGCAGAGGAGCGAGAGCCUGCCAGUCCCGCACCGACUCGACGAGCCGCAGGAUGGGACACCCCCUCUGGCAGCUUCAGCUGCAGACGGUCACCCGCAGCCUCCGAGGCUGGCGUGGGACGAGGACGCACCCGCAGUGGCUGGCCGACCUGAUGCUGGAGGCCAACCCCCGGAGAGCCAUAGCCACACGGGCCAAGGGUCACCCUGGGGAACGUCUCAGAACCCCAGGGUGUCCUGGAACACCGUCUGGGAAGCACAGGGAGGAAUGCUGAGGGGCCUGUGCAAACAGACCCGCUGGGCAAGCGAAGGAGAGGAAGAGCCAAGGGGGCAGCCUGAUGUCCCUCUGCCAGGCCUUCCGCGGGCGACCUCCCUGGACACAGGAUGGCCACCAGGCCCAGCGUCUCCUGCGGGCAACGUGGAGGGCAGCCUUCCUGCUGCUCAGAUCUGGUUCCUGCCGGUGAAGGAGCCACCCCCGGGAGACCCCCAGACCAGCCCCAGCCCCCGGCCGGCGGAGGAAAAGACCCGGGCUCUGACAGGAAGCCCAGCAUCACACUUCCAAGGCCAGAGUCCCUCUCUGAGCGCAGGGCGUCCCCACGGCCCCCAGGAAGCCCGUCAGAUGGCUGAAGGUGGCAGGAGUCCCGCAGGGUCGGAACCAGGGCCGGACUUUGCCGGCAGCCCCGUGGAGGGGCCUGCCCCUGUGGAGGCUGCUUGGAGCUGCUCAGGGGAGCAGAGGGUAGAGACCUGUCAGCAGGAGAACCCCCACACCCCUUUCUCCUGCCUGGAAGCUGCCCUGCCAACCUUGUCUCCUGGUGACACCCCCAGCCCCUCAAGGGCCCCGCUCUCGCGUGAGGACCAGUCCCCAGUAACUGAGGUGGCGGCACCCCCAGCCCCGCACGAGGGUGGCCCCCCGGCCCAGCUCACGGCCCCUUGGGACCUGGGCUCCGAGUCCACCCCCAGCGCCUGCUCAGAGGCGUCUUCUCCACGGUCCACUGCCGCCUCCUCGGCGAGCCUCCCGUCCUGCCCUUCCCUCCAGGAGUUUCAGAAAGCAUCCGCCAUCCUGGUCCAGCUUUCUGAGAGCCCCACCUCCCUCUCGGAUGGGGAAGCUGGGGACACUCCGAACACAGACCUCAGCUGGGCUGGGGGGCUCCCUGCUCUGGACUCCUGGGGGUUCCACCGGGGCGGAGAGCCGGAGACCUGGGAGGGGCUGGAGGGCACUGAGGCCCUUUCCGGGCACGGCUCUGGCACUGGGGCAGGCGGCCUGGCUCCGGCAGGGGGUCUCCCUUUUGCCCAGUCUCUGUGGUCGCAGUCCGAGUUGUCCACCGAGGUCUGGGGCCGGGAGAGCCCACGGGACCCUGGCGCCGGUGCCGGGCCAGCCCCAGGGCGCUGCUCGCCUGUAGGACGCACAUCCCACUUGGAACGGGCUGGGGUGCCCCUUGUCCUGCCUCCCUUCCUGGGCCCAGGGAAGGGGCGGGAAGAGUCUGGAACCGGUGGGAGCCCGACCAGUGGAUCAGAUACAGGAAAAGCUCAGCGGCGGUCCCGGGAGGCUGCAGGAGCAAGGCUCCCAUCCCAAACCUCUUCCUCGGGUGAUUUACACUUGACCCUUUCCUUCCCCUCCGGGACCUCGGCCUCUGAGUUUGGCAAAAGGGGAGAGGCGGCGCUUCCGCGGGCCUCGGGUGGCUGCCCAGAGGGGCCCUGGGGCACUCACCCAAGCCCUUCCACUGAUGGGAAACCUCUACAGACCUCCUCUGAGCCUGAGGUCCUCUUGAUGCCAGGGGCUCCUCCUGGGGACCCCAGUGGGCAGGUAGCCCAGACAGCUGAGAGCUGGGCCCCUGGGUGUGGGGGAAGCAGAACUCCCCCUGUCCUGGAGGAAGCCUGCAUUCCUCUGGCCGGCGACGUCUUGCCUGAGAUCCUGUCCCCGGUGGACGAGGCGCUGUCUCACAGCAGCUUCCACCUCCCGCCCUCCACCCAGAGGGACGCUUGCCUCCCUCCUCUGCCUCCCAUCCUCCCAGCGGACGGAGAGGCCAACCCUGCCAGCCUCCACUCAGAAGACUUCCCUACCCCACCUGAAGAUGCUGUGUGUCCUGAGGGCUCGCUGGACACCCCAGAGGAAGCUGCCUCCCUCAUUAUGGCAGAGUGGUCCUCCUUGUCUGGGGAGGGUCUGUCUGAGUCACCAUCCCCGGGGCCCCAGGAGGAGGCCGGGCUCUGCCUUGGGGUAGCAGGACAGGGCAGAAGCUUUGGGGGAGAACUGGGUGGAUCAGGUUCUGUUGGGAGGGACCAGGCCAUGGACAGCCGGUUGUCUGAACCGGUCAGCUUGGGGUCUCCCUGCUGUGGGGGAGCAGGGGAUGCCCCGGCGUGGCUCCCAGUGCUGUCAGCGCAGCCCCUGACCCUGUCCGGAGUGGCCUGUGUGUCUGUGGGGAGUCUGGCAGCUGGGGACCCAGGACUGCCUGGCUCCGGGCAGGGGGACCCUGCUCCGGCUCUGGGUGCCGGACCGCACGCUGCCCUCCCAGGCGUGGAGACAGCCGAGAUGGUGGACCUGCUGUCUGCCCAGCUCAGCAGCAGGAUCCUGAGGGACACCCUGGCCGUGCUCUCGGAGGCAGCCCCAGCAGGCAGCCCGGCGGCAGAGGGGCCCAGCCAGGGCAUGCGGGCUCACACGGCGGCCACUGGGCGGUCGUGGGGAAGGCUGGACUUCUGAGAAGACGGGGUGGUGGCGGGGGGCUGCGGGGACACAGACGUUGUCUGUGAGAGCCCCCUGCCUGGCUGGCCAUCGAAUGAGGCCUCCUAGACUCAGCAAGGUCCCGGACACGUUGCGAUGUGACUGUGCGUUAGCAUGUGCGUGUGUGUGAGCGUGCUGGGGGCGUCAGGAAGCCUGGACUUGCCCUGGGUGGGGCCACCUGUGGGCGGCUGGCUGAUACUGGGCCAUCGAUUGGAUGUCAACUGCAAAUUGGCUCUGACCCAGAGGUUAAGGUCAAAGGGUGUGUGGGACGCAUGCAGAUCUGGCCGGCCAAGAAAAGGUGAGGAGGUCACCUACUGGAAGGACACGGUCCCAAGGAGAGGGGCCGGGAUGGGUUGCCGUGGGCCUCAGGAGGGGCCGAGAGGAUGAGAGCGCAGCUUUGGGGGAUCGGGGAGGCCAGAUGCUGAGGCUGGGGCUUACGUCUGCACUGACACGCCCUCUCGGAUUUGCCUCGUUGGGAAACCAUCCGUGGGGGUGUUUGCCUGCCUCUGAUUGCUGAAGGAUAAACCUGGUGCCUCCACGGCGUCCAGCUGGUGACUCUGGGCUGGGAGGUCUGUGUGCGUCCCCUUGUGCAGAUUAGAGGAGGCUGCAGCUCAGGGAGAAGUUCAUUUCGCCGGCGGCCAGGUCACCCUCCGCCCGGCCUCUGGGCUGGAGUAGACCCCUGCCUCCCCGAGGGUGCUCAGGACGCCUCCCGGAAGAAAUGAGAGCCCCUUGCCAGGCUGGCCGUCGAACGGGCCCUCCUAGACGCAGCAAGGCCCCGGUGGGUUCCAGAGGCGGUGGCAUGUGGGCUCCUGCACAAGGCGCUCCUGCAGGGACGGCCUCGCAGGUGCCCCCUUGCGAGAGCGCCUGUCCCCCUCAGCACCAGACUCAGGCGGGCGUCCAGGAAGUUGAUGCCCAGUCAAGCACCAGGAGGGUUUCCCGUGGGAAGGAAGUGGGGAGAGGCUGAGACGGGAGGACGGGGCGAGACCGCCGGGCGUGGGCCGCAGUGACGUGGGUCUCAGUAGACUGGGCGGGGGAGCCCUCAGGCCACCUCGGGGUGAGACCAGGGCAGCUGACCUUCAGGGGCUGAAGGACAGGCCACUGCAGCACUGACCUCUCCCCGCAGCCACCCCACGAGCCGCUGAUGGGCUCUGAGGGGUCCCUGCAGCCCCCUUGUCCCCCAGAGCCGUGCGGAAGCGCCGUCGCCAGGGCACAGGCCGGUUCAGCCGGCCCCCCGCGUCCUGUCGCCGGUUCCCACCUUGUCUGCAGCCACCCCGCCCUCCCCAGGAGGAGCAGAAGGCUGCAUCGUGUGUGUGUGUUGGUUCUAAUGCGAGAGCACCUCUGAGCUGGUGCUCCAGCGAAUUCACUGGAAACCAACACUGUCUUCUCAACGCCCCUGCUCUGUCCCUGUCCUCGUGGGGCUGGCUCAUUUCAAUGUUGUCAGUCUUUCUCUCCUGAAUUGUCAUCUGCGCACUUGGAGGAGAAGUAGCUUUUCAGUGAGCCCAACAAUCAGCUCUUUCAUAAAAGGAAGCGGGGACUUCCCUGGUGAUCCAGUGGUUAGGGCUCUGCGCUUCCACUACCGGGGCGGCGGGGGUGGCGUGGGUUCAAUCCCUGGUCGGGGGACUAAGAUCCCACAUGUCACACAGCAUGGCCGAAAAUUAAAUAAAUAAAAGGAAGCAGCUUUCAGAUCGGCUUCUAAACUUCUGAUGUGGUUAGGAUUUCUUGAGAUAAGGCUCACUUACGCUGCGCUUGAUCUCUCAGAAGUUACUCUCUGUGUCCUACGGCAGUCUCUCCCUGCCUGUCGUCUAAACCAUCCAUCAGUUAUCCAUAUGGGCUUCCCAGGUGGUAAAGAACCUGCCUGCCACUGCAGGAGAUGCGGGAGACCCGGGUUCAAUCCCUGGAAGAUCCCCUGGAGGAGGACAUAGCAACCCACUCCAGCAUUCCUGCCUGAGAAAUCCCAAGGUCAGAGGAGCCUGUCAAGCUACAGUCCAUGGGGUCACAAAGAGUCAGACGUGACUACACACACAUCACUUAUCUACCUAUCAUCUAUUUAUUCUCUAUCCAUCAUCUAUCAUUUGUAUCAUCUAUCAGUUUUCUACCUGCAUCAACUAUAGCAUCUGUCCAUCCAUUCCCAGUUCUCAAAUUGGAAAACACCUGCUUGACAGGGAGUCCAGAGUCAAGCAGUCGGUGGCGUGUUGGCCUAAGGGACAUCGAUGUCCUGGUGCUGGUCCAGGAUAUGACCCCCGUGAGGUCCUGGGAAGUCAGCUGUCAAGUCAGAAUGACAAGAACUCCUCUCCUGCAGCCCUCACUCCACUUUAGGAGAGGAACUCAUUCACUUAGCAUUUAUAGGACCCGGGGGAAGAGACCCAGACUUUCCAGUACUUGUCAUUUAGAGUGGGCGGCGUCUCCGAAGCUGGCCUGGCAAAGCCUCCAGAUGCUGCCUCUCAGACCCCAUAGAACCCUGCAGGCCAAAGCAGGAACCGCCACUGUCGUCUCCAGGCUCCAGCCUCUGGGGCAGCCACUCCGAGGGACCAGCUCACCGGCCCAGCCUGCAUUAUACCCCAGCUCACGCAGGACGGGAUCACUGUCCUGGGGAGCAGCAGUCACAACAACCCAUGUCGACUUGACGCCCGAUCUUCUCAAGCCCGCCUGAGAGCCCAGAAGAGGUUUGGGCCCACUGGGGGAAAAUGUGUGUGCAUUCUCCACCUACACAAUUUCAGGACAAAUUUUGAGCUACAGCUUUCUUAUUGAUUUCCCCCUAGUUUUCUGAACAAAUUAGUCUGUGAUUUUUUAUUUUUUUUUUUUUCUAUUUAUCGCUGACCCUUUUGGAUUUACGAGGCCGUGUGAGAGGAAUUAUGUAUUUUACACACAUCACGUUCGGUCAUAAAUCUCCCACAUCGAAACCCGGCAGAUUUGCCUCAGAUUCGAUAGUCUUGUGUCAGGCCGCUGCGGGCGGGGCUGAUAGCUGGGCAUCAGGCAUGGCCAUGCCCGCAGCUGGACUUGGGGCCUCCUGGGUGCCCAGCAGGCACGUGUGUCCCUGGAGUCACUUUGUGGCCCCGUGGCCCCUCGCCCUUGAAGGGAGUCUGGUCAAGGAGGACUUGUAUGAAGACCCUGGCCUUUGCCUUCCCAUGAGAGCUGGAUCCAGGGAGCUUGGGUUUAUCCAGUGACUGGCCAGAGGAGGAAGACUGUCCACCGAAGCUAUCAGACGUGCUUAAUCUCCGCCGACGUUACGUGUGUGGAGCUGAGGGCUGUGGCAUUCAGACAUAUUGACCCAAAGCGAGACUUCAAUUUCAAGAUUGCUCCCUCCAAGGUCUCACCGUGCUCGCCUUGGCUCCAAUCCCUGUAACCUCUUGGGCCAAUAAAUCUUGAUACCAGCCUCC